UUGAGACAAACAAUGCAUGAAAUGAAGCGAUUGUUUGGCAAUUGAUUUGUGUCCACUCAAGUGAUUAUCAUCGAUGGUCUUAAUGUCGGACACGUGUGUAAUCCAAGUGACAAACAUCGCCCCCACGGCGACCAAUGAACAGAUGAAGAGUUUGUUCGGCCACUUGGGAACCAUCAAAGAGAUCGUCGUCUAUCCCAAUGAGGACUCAGCGCUGUCGCCGACCUCUCGGGUCUGUUAUAUCCGAUACGCCGACAGUCAGAGCGUAGCCGUCGCUCAGCACUUGACUAACACUGUGUUUGUCGACAGAGCUCUCAUUGUUCUGCCCGUCGACGACGGCAAAAUCCCAGACGCGGCCACAGCUUUGAGUUUGACAAACAGUAGAUCUCUCGGCGGCGGCAGUAAUAGCGGUGUUGUCUCUCAAGUGACAGGUGUGGGCGGCGCUCAAGUGAUCACAACAAUUGAUCCGCGGCUGACGGCACUCGGUUUACCACAAUAUCCUCCGCUGCCGGCGAAUAUGGAUCCGACAAAGAUUGAAGAAAUUCGGCGAACGGUUUACGUCGGGAAUCUGUGUUCAACUUUAUCGGCCGAACAGUUGCUUAAGUUCUUCAAUCAAAUCGGAGAAGUGAAGUACAUUCGUAUGGCCGGCGAUGAGACACAACCGACUCGUUUCUCA